AUGUAAAAAAGUAAAGUUUAUUUCCCUGCUGACGUCAGUGGAUCUUCUCUGGAUUAAAAAAAAAAAAAAAAAAAAAAAAAAGAAGUGACAGGAAUCCAAAAGUGAAGCUGGUUCCUGGUGCGGCGCUCUGUGAAGGCUGACUGUAAGAGAGCGUGUCUUUCCUCCUCACAGGUGUUUCCAGGCUCCGUGGGUCUCGCUUCGCCCUGCAGCUUCAGCAGCGUUCAGCAGAAGAGGAGGCGAUGGAAAACCUAACAGACAGCUUUGACAACUCCACCUACGAUGAUUAUGGUUAUGAUGAAUAUGAACUAAAAGAGCCGUGUGAAAUGAGCAACAACCACAGAUUGGAGCUGGUGGUGGGACCGUACAUCCACUCCAUCAUCUGCAUCCUGGGCUUCAUAGGCAACAGCCUGGUGAUCAUCACCUACGCCUUCUACAAGAGGGCCAAGUCCAUGACCGACGUUUACCUGCUGAACGUCGCCAUCGCAGACCUGCUGUUCGUGUUGGCGCUGCCUCUCAUCAUCUACAACGAGGAGUACUCCUGGGUGAUGGGGACGGCGGCCUGCAAGCUGCUGCAUGGAGUCUACAGCAUGAACCUGUACAGCGGCAUGCUGCUGCUGGCCUGCAUCAGCACCGACCGCUACAUCGCCAUCGUCCAGGCCCGACGGAGCUUCCGGCUGCGCUCCCUCCUCUACAGCCGGGUCAUCUGCUUCUUCGUCUGGGUCUUUGCCUUGGGCGUCUCCAUCCCUACCUUCGUCUACUACGAGGUGUAUGUGCCCUCCCACAGCAGAUCGGAGUAUGACGACGAAGUGUUGAACGGUAUGGUCGGACCGGUCCCGGAUGGAGCUAGUGAGACAGAGGAAAUGGACAAAAUCGCUGCAACCGAAUGGUCUGAGAACGUCUGCGCGUUGAGAUUCACGAGCAACAACACCGCCUGGAGAGUGAAGAUUCUCGUCCCAAGCACUCAGAUCGCCGUGGGUUUCUUCCUGCCUCUGCUGAUCAUGGUCUUCUGCUACACCAGCGUCAUCAUCACCCUGAUGCGAGCCAAGAACUUCCAGAGGCACAAGGCGGUGCGGGUGGUUCUGGCCGUGGUGGCGGUGUUCAUCGCCUGCCACCUGCCGUACAACAUCACGCUGCUCUACGAGGCCGUUAACAUGUUCAACCAGCAAGAGUGCGGGAUGGUGGACAUCCAGCAGGUGGCCAAGACUGUCACGAAGACCAUCGCUUACCUGCACUGCUGCCUGAACCCCGUGCUGUACGCCUUCAUCGGGGUGAAGUUCAGGAACCAUUUCAGGAAGAUUGUCCAGGACCUGUGGUGCCUCGGGAAGAGGUACAUCGCCCCAAGGCGCUUCUCUAGGGUCACAUCCGAGAUCUACGUCUCCACGCGCCGGUCGGUGGACGGAUCCAGUGACAACGGAUCGUCUUUCACCAUGUGAACAGGUGUUCAUUUGAUGGGCGGUGAAAUAGACGUAACGUGACUUUAUAGGGAAACUGGAGAUUUGACCCCAACAAAAGAAUAUUCUCACCAAACUGGACCUGUCCUUGAGGUGUUCAAAUUUUUUGAGAGUCCAAACCUGGCCAAAGUCUGCAAACAAUAUUGGAAUAAUUUGUUGCUAAAAGCAUAUAUGCACCUUAAUAUUUUUCAAGAGUAAUUUCGAAGACCUCAGUGUUCUGGGUUUGGAUCCGGCCUGAGAUCUCAGACAUCUUUCCCUUUCUCCACCAGAGAGCUCCACAGUUGACUGACAAAUGAAGGUAAAAUGCAUCCAGAAAAAAAUGUUUCAGUAAUUUCAAACCUGAGUGUUAAAAAAACCAAAACAGAACAAGCAAAACCAGUGUGAAACUCACACCUGUGGCUGCAUCACACCGAGGCUCAGCCAGACUCGAAGCACAUGUCGACUCGUUUAAUGAAGAGCGAGCAGGCGACAGUCAAACCCAGAGCUUCGACAGUGGUCACCUCAGUGGUGAGUUAACACCACAGGUGAUUUCCUUUACUUUGAAGUUUUUUUUUUUUUUUUUUUUUUAAAUCUCUGGCUGUUAUGCACUUCUUCUCAUAUUGUUGGGUUUUGGACCAUGAAAGAAAGCCUGGUUUACCUCAGAGAGUGACGGAGGCUGAAUGUUUGACCCCAGACUGACCUGAACUGGGAAACCUGCCAAAACCUGAACUGAAAUACAAGCCUGGUGUCGGUUUUCAUUUUCGCAUCAUGAGACUGUCAACCAUCCGAACCAGCCGAGCUGCAUCUGGACUGGUCCUACUGCAGACGACUUCCUGCAAACAUCCAGCAGAGGCUCUGAUGUCAGAUCAGCUCUGAUGUUCCAGCCUGUUGUAUCGGACUGACUAUUUUUUUUUUUAUCUUCCCAAAAAUUGAUUUUUUUCUUCUUUUGUGGUUACAAAAAUAACAAAUCCUGUCAUGCCAUUAAUUCAUGCCAGUCAAAUUUCCAUGCAAUGUUUUUUAGCAAUGCCUGCUUAAGACUAUGUCUGUAUAUUUUAAUUUUUGUAUU